CGGCGGCGCUAGGCGCCGUGGCCGCGCUUCGCUGGCUUUCUGCUCAUCUAGGGUGGCAGCGGCUACCUACCUCAGCUCUCGCCCUGCUGCCGCCACGGCCUGGGCGCUGUCCCUCAGCUCCCGGAGCUCAGCGCGAAGCCCUGGCCCCGGCGGCCAGGGCAUGGGUCAGGGGCGCGGCGUGAGGCGGCUUUCUGCACGGCCGUGACGUGCAUCGGCUUCAGCAUGAAGACCCUCAUCGCCGCCUACUCCGGGGUCCUGCGGGGUGAGCGUCGGGCGGAAGCUGCCCGCAGCGAAAACAAGAAUAAAGGAUCUGCCCUGUCACGCGAGGGGUCUGGGCGAUGGGGCACUGGCUCCAGCAUCCUCUCGGCCCUCCAAGACAUCUUCUCUGUCACCUGGCUCAACAGAUCUAAGGUGGAAAAACAGCUACAGGUCAUCUCAGUACUACAAUGGGUCCUGUCCUUCCUGGUGCUAGGAGUGGCCUGCAGCGUCAUCCUCAUGUACACCUUCUGCACAGACUGCUGGCUGAUAGCUGUGCUCUACUUCACCUGGCUGGCAUUUGACUGGAACACGCCCAAGAAAGGUGGCAGGAGAUCGCAGUGGGUGCGAAACUGGGCCGUGUGGCGUUACUUCCGAGACUACUUUCCCAUCCAGCUGGUGAAGACACACAACCUGCUGACCACCAGGAACUAUAUCUUUGGAUACCAUCCCCAUGGCAUCAUGGGCCUGGGUGCCUUUUGUAACUUCAGCACAGAGGCUACUGAAGUUAGCAAGAAGUUCCCUGGCAUAAGGCCGUAUUUGGCUACGUUGGCUGGUAACUUCCGGAUGCCCGUGCUUCGCGAGUACCUGAUGUCUGGAGGUAAGAAUCCACGUCAGCUACUCUUCCUGGGCUCCACUGUCAAGGUUUGAGCCUCCCCGAUGAUCAUAGCAAUACAGGGAACGAGCCAGGCCCUCUCGGAUGACCUGGGAACGACAUCCAGUGAUGGGUCUGACUGGUCUGGGACUCUCUCUUGCAGAGCUGAUCUGGUUCCCACCUAUUCCUUUGGAGAGAAUGAGGUAUACAAGCAGGUGAUCUUUGAGGAGGGCUCCUGGGGCCGAUGGGUCCAGAAGAAGUUCCAGAAGUAUAUUGGUUUCGCCCCCUGCAUCUUCCAUGGCCGAGGCCUCUUCUCCUCUGACACCUGGGGGCUGGUGCCCUACUCCAAGCCCAUCACCACCGUCGUGGGGGAGCCCAUCACUGUCCCCAAGCUGGAGCACCCGACCCAGAAAGACAUCGACCUGUACCACGCCAUGUACAUGGAGGCCCUGGUGAAGCUCUUUGACAAUCACAAGACCAAAUUUGGCCUUCCAGAGACUGAGAUGCUGGAGGUGAACUGACCCAGCCCACGCGGGCCAGCUCCUGGGAGGAACGACUGCAAAUCCUUUUCUACCAAGUUCUCGAGUGCAUUUUGUUCUGUAAAUUUGGAAGCGUCAUGGGUGUCUGUGGGUUAUUUAAGAGAAAUUAUAAUUUGUUAAACCAUUGCAAUGUUAGAUCUUUUCUGAGAAGGGAAGAGUCAGUAUUUUAAGCUCACUUCUAGUGUGUCCUGCUCAAGGUGGUGGCUGACAUUGAUGGGCCUUGAUGGUUUCUUACCCCACCCCUUCUAGUGUUCCCCAGACGACAGACACUUGGCCCUGGCUAACUGGGGAAGGGCAGUCCUUAGUGACUCGGCCACUUAGAUAAUCCACUUUGCUCCAGGGAUUCUAGAGAGGCAGAGGCCAGGUCUUAAAAACACCUCCAUUCCCACCCGUGACUGCAGGUCGGGUUCUUCUUACCAAGGGGAGGCUGAGAGGGCAUAGCUGGCCCCAUUUGGGGAGGGUGGUAGAUAACAUCUGGAAUGCCCGGCGUGGGUCUCUGCUCCUCACCCUAGCCCUCUUCUUCAAUCUGAGCCUACCCUGGCCUCCUGUCUCCUGUGCUAGGGACAAGGCUGUCCCACAGGUGCCGUCUUGGGUUAUCUCGCUGCUGUUGGCUGGUUUCACUCUGGAGGUUGGCACCAUGGACACAGCUCAGCGUUGCUCUGGUGCAUGUCCUCCUGAGCCACACCCCAAGUCUGGUGUGAGGAAGGGCUUCUCUUCUCUUCACAGAGGUGCCUGGCUUCCUGUGCAGCACACUGGGUCCAGGACAGGAGGUCCUCCCUAAACCAAGCCUCACAUGUGUGCCUUUAUGAGGCAUUGGGAGAAAGCCACCCCCUCCUGUGUAUUCUGUUUUCUCCAUGAGAUUGUUGUGCCAUGUCACACUUUUGUAUAUUCCUAGACUAAUAAAUGGAAACAAGAACAGC